GCCGGAACUUCCGGUCCCACCCACAUUCUCGUGUCGCUUCCGGGUGGCCACUCAAGAUUCAUCCAGCCAGCCGUCGUUAUCUUAACGCUGUAAACAAAAGUUACUCAACGGUUUAGCUUCCGCAACACGUUUAACAAGACAUGCAUAUCAAGACAGGUACAUGGGAAGCUAGCAACACCGUGUGUGAGUCCGAUACCCUGUGUGAUCCAGCCGUCCUCGUUGCAGCCACCAACUCAGAGCCACACAUUCGCAACCGUCGCCUGUCUCCUGGCUCGGGUAACUGCGGAGGUGGUGGGGGUGGAAGCUGCAUCUCUGGCAGUGACCAACAGCCCCGGCAGCUUUCACCUGAAGGCGACCUGAUCGUCCCCGGCCACACGCACACCUUCAGCUACCGCAGGGACCGAGACCGCAAGGGCCACCAGCACAAAGGCCGCAGCCUUCGCAGGGAAAGUCAGAAGGCGGCCAGCCGAGCCAGCGAGCGGCCACAGAAGGUUCACCAAAAGGACAGGUGGGUGGAGGACAGUCUGUCGCUGCUCAAGCCCCCGCCUGCCUUCCCCGUGCAGGACAGCCCCGCCAAGCUGCAGCCGGCCGUCAGCUACGCCUCCAAGGUGAAGGCGGGAGCAGCAAGCGGAGGGCUGGAGGAGGAGCGCCCUGCCAUCGGUGUGCUGCUACAGAACCAGUGGGGUCUCAGUUUCAUCAGCGAGGCGAGGCCCGUCACAGAGGGCCCCGGCCCUCGCCCCGCUGCCAACGCCCUCCCUCCUCAGCCUACAGAUGCUCAACAGGCAGCAGAGCUACAGUUUGAGUCAGUUGUCACGCUCCAGCCUCCAGGAGAAACGCCUACCGCUGCCUCCGUCACCCCUGCCGCACGCCCAGAGGGGGACGAGAGCAACGGGAAACUGCUGCUUAGUUGUCGGCAUCUAGUGGAGGCUUUGAACUAUCACAGUAGAGAGUGGAAUGCCAUCUGUAACAAACAGAAAAAAGUUCCCAAAAAGGUUGUCUGGUACAAGGAAGCCCAGGAGCACCCAGCCUAGCAGUGUGAGAAACCCAAAGCAUAUAUAAAACACACAUGCAACACAUACAUGCACAUUAAAACACAUUAAGAUGGACAAAUGUAUGAGUCCCGCUCUCACACACUGCACUCAGGAUGAUGUCUUCACACAAAGCCACACUGAGACACUUUGGACUAACUCCCUUGAGAUCUUACUGCAAUGGACUUUUUUAACGCCUUACAGGAAGCCUGCCUUAAUUAAUCAGACCUGUUUUCAUCGCCUCUCAUUACCAUUUUUAUCUUGUAUGUGUAGAGCUGGUCUUUUU